AGGAACAAAAAAAAAAAAAACAAGGGCUUUCAUUUUUUCUUAGGGAAGGGGAUAAUCAAAUUUUUAGAGUCCUAAUAAAAAUGAAAAUGAACGAAGUUGCAAAUACAAAACCUUUGCGUCUCCAGAAUCUUCAGUCCUCGCAAGUUGUUUGAGCAUUCGUCGGCAUUUAAACUCGAAACCUCUAAUUUGUAGAUCUGGUAAAAGAUUGAUAGCGAACAGAGGAGCUGGAAGCAAAACCCUGGCAGAGACUAGAGAAUUGAGUGGAUUUCUGGCGCAGGGAGAUGGUGCCAGUUGCUAUAUGCAAAGCUAGCCAGCAUGCAUAUAAAUCGGUACCAUCUCUCCUGCGACAGAAACCCAAUCAAACCUCUUAAAUUCUUAGUUUGCUGAUACCUUUGUUGUAAGUUCAUCGGAGCAGAAACUCUUUGUUAUGUGUAGAUGCAGAGACAUGCUGGAUCACGCGUGCAAAUGAAAGAAGGACAAACAUGAUUGCUCUUCACCACUGAACUUAAUAUUCUUUUCCCAACGCAGGGGAAGGAAUCUAACCAAAUUGUCUUGUUCUUCAUCAUGAAAUCGACUCAUCAUAUGCAGCUAAUGAAACAAGGGAGAUGAAUUCACUACUAAUUUCAACAAGUUAAUAGACUUACAGCUUACAAAGUUGAGGCUUAGCAUGCAUGGUUAUGAACAAAUGAAGAAAAUAUGGUUGAAGGGAAUGUUGUCGCAGGAGGAUGGCACCCGCUGGGCCAGCUGCGAAAUUGUGGCUUUGGCAUCGGCCAUGAGAGGUAUGCAGCAAAGGAGCCACAAAAAAAGAGACUCAAGAUGGGAUUUUCCUUAUUCAUUACAAUGCAUGGAAGUUGCCUUCUGGGGGGAUAUUGCUGGCACCUGUCUGGAAGAAGCAUGACGGAAAAAGUAUAGAGGGUGUGUGUGUACCAUUUUCUGUUCACAUUUUAGUGAUUAAAUACCCCAUUUUUCUAUCAUGUGAGGUGACCAAAACUCAAAAGAGGCAAAAGACUUUGAAAUUUGAAUAUAACAUGUUGAAAAUU